GCUGGCCAGCAGGGGCGGGACGCUGCCUGGGGACUGGACACAGAGCAGGGCCGGCAGCCCCAAGCCCCACCAGGUGGGCGACGGCCCGGAGGCCUCUGAGUGUCCCUGCAGUUUGUGGCCGGCUGCCCGCUUCUCCUGCACCAUGUCUGACGGCGAGGGCCCCUCGGCUGAUGACAGCGCUUCCGCUGCAAGUAGCAUGGAGGUGACGGACCGCAUCGCCUCCCUGGAGCAGCGGGUCCAGAUGCAAGAAGACGACAUCCAGCUGCUCAAGUCGGCCCUGGCCGACGUGGUUCGGCGCCUGAACAUCACCGAGGAGCAGCAGGCCGUGCUCAACCGGAAAGGACCUACCAAAGCAAGACCGCUGGUGCAGACCCUGCCUCUAAGAGCCACUGUCAACAAUGGCACCGUGUUACCAAAGAAGCCUAGUGGCUCUCUACCGUCCCCCUCUGGGACCAGGAAAGAAACCGCUGUGCUGGCGACAACCAAAAGAUUAAACACGUCUGUGAGUCUUCUCAAUGCAGGCAAACUGACUAGAUCAACGUCCAGUACCAUCAAGAGGACCAGCUCUUCUGAACGCGUGUCUCCUGGAGGUCGAAGGGAAAGCUAUGGGGAUUCCAAAGGCAACCGGAAUCGCACGGGGUCGACCAGCAGUUCUUCUAGCGGCAAGAAGAACAGCGAAAGCAAACCCAAGGAGCCUGUCUUCAGCGCGGCACUUCUGUGUCUGUCUCCGAAAUCUCAAGGGAAGCGCCGGGUGACACACUGCAAAGAAGAAGGAUAUGUAAAAAUGUUUCUUCGUGGACGCCCUGUCACCAUGUACCUGCCCAAAGAUCAAGUGGAUUCCUACAACUUGGAAGCAAAGAUGGAACUGCCAACCAAGAGACUCAAGCUGGAAUGGGUCUAUGGCUACAGGGGCCGCGACUGUCGGAAUAACCUGUAUCUACUUCCGACGGGUGAGACGGUGUAUUUCAUCGCGUCAGUGGUCGUGUUGUACAACGUGGAGGAACAGCUUCAGAGGCAUUACACCGGCCAUAAUGAUGACGUGAAGUGCCUAGCAGUUCAUCCUGAUAAGAUCACUAUAGCAACAGGACAAGUCGCAGGCACGUCUAAGGAUGGAAAACAACUGCCCCCCCAUGUACGCAUCUGGGAUUCCGUGACAUUGAAUACACUGCAUGUCAUCGGAACUGGGUUUUUUGACCGAGCCGUCACCUGCAUUGCAUUCUCCAAAUCUAACGGAGGAAGCAAUCUCUGCGCUGUGGAUGACUCCAAUGACCACGUGCUCUCCGUAUGGGACUGGCAGAGAGAAGAAAGGCUAGCGGAUGUGAAGUGUUCUAACGAAGCUGUAUUUGCGGCCGAUUUCCACCCCACGGACACCAAUAUAAUAGUCACCUGUGGAAAAUCACAUCUGUAUUUUUGGACGCUAGAAGGAAACGCCCUCGUUAAGAAGCAAGGAUUAUUCGAGAAGCAAGAAAAGCCAAAGUUUGUCCUCUGUGUGACUUUUUCCGAAAAUGGUGACACCAUUACCGGAGAUUCAAGUGGCAACAUCUUGAUAUGGGGAAAAGGUACGAAUCGAAUAAGCUAUGCCGUCCAAGGGGCCCACGAGGGUGGCAUUUUUGCACUUUGUAUGUUAAGGGACGGCACGCUGGUGUCGGGAGGAGGGAAGGACCGAAAGCUCAUUUCUUGGAAUGGAAACUAUCAGAAACUUCAUAAAACCGAGAUUCCAGAACAGUUUGGUCCAAUACGAACAGUGGCCGAAGGGAAAGGUGAUGUGAUCUUGAUAGGCACAACCAGAAACUUUGUUCUACAGGGCACUCUGUCAGGGGACUUUGCACCCAUUACUCAGGGUCACACUGAUGAGCUCUGGGGACUGGCGAUCCAUGCCUCGAAACCUCAGUUCCUGACCUGUGGGCACGACAGGCAUGCCACUCUGUGGGACGCUGCUGGUCACCGGCCUGUAUGGGACAAGAUAAUAGAGGAUCCAGCUCAGUCUUCUGGUUUUCAUCCUUCAGGGUCUGUGGUUGCAGUUGGAACACUGACUGGGAGGUGGUUUGUGUUUGACACAGAAACAAAAGACCUGGUCACCGUUCACACGGAUGGAAAUGAACAACUAUCUGUAAUGCGUUACUCACCAGAUGGGAAUUUCUUAGCAAUAGGCUCCCACGACAACUGUAUUUAUAUAUACGGAGUCAGUGACAAUGGGAGGAAGUACACACGAGUUGGCAAAUGCUCGGGUCAUUCCAGCUUCAUUACUCACCUGGACUGGUCUGUGAACUCACAGUUCCUCGUGUCAAAUUCCGGAGACUAUGAAAUCCUCUACUGGGUUCCCUCUGCUUGUAAGCAAGUCGUAAGUGUGGAAAGUACGAGAGACAUUGAGUGGGCAACAUAUACCUGCACUUUGGGAUUCCACGUCUUUGGAGUGUGGCCAGAAGGCUCGGAUGGAACCGACAUCAAUGCCAUCUGUCGGGCCCACGAGAAAAAACUCCUGUCCACUGGUGAUGACUUCGGAAAAGUACACCUCUUCUCUUACCCUUGCUCUCAGUUCAGGGCUCCCAGCCACGUGUACAGUGGGCAUAGCAGUCACGUCACCAAUGUUGACUUCCUCUGUGACGACAGCCACCUCAUCUCCACGGGCGGCAAAGACACGAGCAUCAUGCAGUGGCGGGUCAUUUAGAGCAGGCCCGGGAUGCACGGCCUUGUUUACUCGGUCACUGUGAUUUCUGUUUUGUUUGAAAAGUUGUCACAACCCUCAGGAAAGUCAGUCCCUGUACCGGUUACCUUUGCUUCAUGGGUCAGUGAACGCCGCGUCGGGUCAGCAGUUCAGGUUUCUCCAUGUACGAUAUAUAAAACACAUUUAAUAUACAAAAGAUGCCAAGGUUUACAUUGCGGUGACACCGACAGAAUAACUGGUGUAUCCUUCCUAACUUUUCUAUGAACUCUUCGAAAAUGGUCACAGAAUGCCUUUCCAAAUACUGUACAUAGGCUUUACUCUUUCACCGUCGAGCUUGCUGAGUCGAAUAUUUAUGACAAUAACAAGGUACUGAAUUAUGAUCGCUGUUGAUUGGUUGGUUGGAAGGAAGGAAUGAAGCGAUGGAGUAGAGGAAAUAACUGACUUGCACAGGAAACGCCGAUAGACUUUCUGUGGUCACGGUGUCUCAGGUUCGUGCAGCUCUCCCUCUGGGAGGCUGGGGCGAAGCCGGUGGCACUCUCCUUGCGGUUAGCAGAUUGGACUCCAGAGUAACUUAAAUGUUUCAGCAGAGGAUUCAGGCAUGUCAGAGUUUCAGCAGGCUGCCUGACCCGUCAGCUGCUUAGCACCCUGCUGAGUGGCGCCCCCUUGGGUUCCGCGUUCACGUGCCGUUGUGAGUGGUGGACAUGUUCGGCCACCUUCCUCUGCAUAUUAACUGGCAUGAUAUGGUAUUGUACUUGUAUAGGAUUUUAGCAAUUCAUAAUAAAUAUGUAAGGCUAGGCUUUACUAUUUUAUGCUUAUGGACAUUGUACAUUUGUAUUUUAAGACCAAGUAGACCAAGUCAAAAAGAUACCAUAAAACCUGCAGUAAGGAGAAGUCUGGAGGGCUCCACUAGGUACAAAAGGCAGCCGCCUUUUUUCCUGCCUUGUGUACCUGGACGGCUCGUUCUUGCCCAGGAAAUAAGAUUGCGUUCUGAUGAGUAAAACGUAGGUGGCAUACAUUUAGGAAGAAGGCCUUAUCCAUGUCGAUGGUGUGACAGAUUGAAAUGUAUUGUUUACAUUGGGGAAUGUGUCUCAGAUUUUCAAACAGAAAAGUAAUCAACAGACUUAAGAACAAAUAUUAAGAUUUUUACUUGUUGUAGGCAAGUAAAUGAAUUACACCGCGCGAGCUCUGCAGCAGUGGUUUCUAGUGGCCGGUUAAUCAUGACGUUGGAAGCAAUUUUUAGGACAUCUCCAGCCAGCUGCGGAAGUGCAAGGCACCAGUGAACACUAUGUAUUAAAGGUGAAUCUGUUUGUAUGUAUCCUGAUCAGAUAUAUUCUGUAAUGAAAUAAAACCUGAAAAGUGGAUUUCUUAUUGACCUAUAAUCAUGAAAGUAUAUAAAUUAAAAUAUUUAAAAUUAGCUAUGAUUCACACU